UACAAAACUAACAGGUCAGCCAACUAAAAGGCAUUUUCCUCUAUAAAUACUCUCCUCUUCUGGAUUGCCAUUUGCAAGAUCACAAGUUGGAAGAUCACAAAAAGUGAGAGUGAGAUAAUGGGAAAAGAGUGUCAUCCUUUGCUUAAAGGUGGAAGGAGAGAAAGCAAGUACACUCAUGGCUUCCCCUCACAUGAUCUCCAAACUUUAGCCAGCAUCUGUGAGGUUUUCCUGCCUCCUCUGCCCAAAAACUCUGUACACUUCUCGUCCAAAAGAGACUCAUCUGAUCAACACAUUCAGUCCUUCCUCGAGUCCUCGGGCUCGGACAAUUUCAUCCCAGAAGAGGUUGCUGAAGUACUGAUGAAGAAGGCCUUUCUCGAAGCAGUGCUGGUUGUCAGGCUGGUCACAAGGAUUCUGUCUACCAGGCUAGGGACUCUGUUACUCUGUGGCUUUUCGUGUGUUGGUGAUAAGUGGCCAUACGUGAACAAAUUCUCCUCUCUUUCGUUGGAAAAAAGAGAGCGAGUUGUGCAGAAAUGGUACAAGAAUUGGCUUCUCACGCCUAUCCGUCUCGGCUUCAUCUUCAUCAAAUUUCUGUGUCUUUUAACGUUCUUCAGUCAGGCUAAUGAAAAUUCAGAAAACCCGGCAUGGAAAGCCAUUGGGUACCAUGUGGAUGAUGUCAAUGAAAAAUUCUCAUCAGAAGAAGAAGAAAAAGAAGAGGAGGAACGACCUCUUGAUAAGGGAAUGGUGGAAACCAUUUAUGAGACUGAUCUAAGCUUCGUCCAUUCCCUUACCGAGAAAGGCCUCACUGUUACUAAAGAUCCUGAAAGAGGAGAUGUGUACAAGUUAAAAUGUGAUGUUGUAAUUGUAGGGUCUGGUUGUGGUGGAGGUGUAGCAGCUGCAGUGCUAGCAAGUUCAGGUUAUAAGGUAGUGGUUCUUGAGAAAGGCAACUAUUUUACGAAGACAGACUAUUCUUCACUGGAAGGACCAUCUAUUGCCCAGCUAUAUGAAAAUGGAGGUAUUCUUUCCACCGUUGAUGGGAAAACAAUGGUCAUGGCAGGAUCGACAGUUGGUGGUGGUUCAGCUGUUAACUGGUCAGCCUGCAUCAGAACACCAAAGGAUGUGCUCCAGGAAUGGGGGAACGACGAUAAACUCCCCCUAUUUACAAGCCAUGAGUAUGAUUCAGCUAUGGAUACGGUGAGUAAACGAAUAGGAGUUACAGAGAAAUGUGUUAAAGAGGGUUUCCAAAAUCAAGUUCUUCGGAAAGGGUGUGAACAGCUUGGUCUUAAAGUUGAAGCAGUUUCGAGGAAUUCUUCAGAGGAUCAUUAUUGUGGUUCUUGCAAUUAUGGUUGUAAAUCAGGAGAUAAGAAAGGGACUGACACGACUUGGCUGGUUGAUGCAGUGAAUGCUGGCGCAGUUAUCAUAUCAGGAUGUAAAGCUGAGAAAUUCAUAAUAGAAAAGAAUUUGAGCCUGCAUCACGCAAAGAAAAGAAAAAAUAAAUGCCUAGGAGUGAUUGCUCGAUUCAAUUUGAACGGGGAUAGCAACAUUCAUAAGAAGAGCAUACUUCAGAUUGAGGCAAAAGCAACCGUCUCUGCUUGUGGAGCGCUCUUGACACCGCCUCUUAUGAUCUCAAGCGGGUUGAGAAAUCAACACAUUGGCCGUAACCUUCAUCUGCAUCCAGUUUUGAUGGCAUGGGGGUAUUUUCCAGAAGAAAGUAGUUCAGGGAUUGAAGGACUCCCCUACCAGGGUGGAAUUAUUACAUCGGUCCACAAGGUUGUUGAUCCGGAGUCUAAGAAUGUCAGAGCUAUACUUGAAACUCCAGCACUAUUACCCGGGACAUUUGCUGCAUUAUGUCCUUGGGAGUCUGGACUUGAUUACAAGACAAGGAUGUUGAGGUAUGAUAGAACAUCUCAUUUAAUUUCAAUAGUUAGGGACCGAGGCUCGGGGGAAGUGAAGGUGGAAGGGAGAAUAAGUUAUAGUAUGAGCAGGGAGGACGAGGAAAAUUGUAGAGCCGGGCUGAGGGAAGCACUGAGGAUUUUGAUAGCCGCGGGAGCUACUGAGGUGGGAACUCAUCAGAGCGAUGGACAGAGAUUCAAGUGCAAAGGUACUACUCCAGCUGAGGUAGAAGAAUUCCUCCAUGAAGUUUCUGCAGCUCCGGGGCCAAAAGCAAUGGUAAAAAAUUGGACAACUUAUUGCACAGCACAUCAAAUGGGAAGUUGCAGAAUGGGGAUUGAUGACUCUCGAGGCGCGGUUGAUGAUAAUGGGGAGAGCUGGGAAGCACAGGACCUUUUUGUUUGUGAUGCUAGUGUUCUACCUAGUGCUGUUGGAGUUAAUCCAAUGAUCACCAUCCAAGCAACUGCUUAUUGCCUCUCAAACAAGAUCACAGAGAUUCUAAAGGAAAGGGCAUCCCAUUCAAGUUAAAUUUAAAUUCAAAUAUAAUUAUUACUCAUUUAUAUCUGUAAUCAAUGAACAUCUCGAGAUUUUAGAAGAAUGAGUCAUGAUAACCUUAUUGGGUAUACUGUA